AAAGUGCCAAAAGACCUCUGAAAAUCAGGGGAAAAAACCAACCUCCCAGUUGCUUCUCCGAUUCUCUUCAAUGGCUCUCCCAAAAUUCCUGGUAUUUUUCCUAUUUCUAUCCCUUAUUUUCUCCGAAAUUAAGUCAGCAACGUUGUCAGACUCAGAAGAUGAAGUAUCAGAAUCUGAGGUUCCAGAUUCUUCUCUGAAACUAGAACUGGACAAACUCAAGUCAAAGAUUUCCCUCGCAGAGUCCAGCAUAGAAGAGAGAACACAAGAAAUUAAGAGCAAGGAGAGAACUAUCAAAGAACUAGAGAAGAUAAUUGAUGAGAAGUCGAGCAAUUUAGCAUCGCUUCAGAGUGAAGUACUAUCGCUUAAGGAAAAAGAAUUAUCAAAAGCUAAGAAAAGGGAGGAUGAGGCUGAUGUGCGUGCCUCUCAACUUCAAGAACAGAUAAACAAUCUAAAGAAAGUGAUAGAGGCCCAGAACGAGAAAAAGGUUGGCCUUGAGGCCAGAGCAAAUGAUGCUGAGAGCAGAAUCAAGGAUUUGAACUUAAAACUUGAAAAUCUUCAUCGGACAAAUGAGGAACAAAAGUCUAGGAUUCAUAAAAGUCAGCGUGCCCUUGAAGUGGCAGAGGAAGAAUUGAUGAAAGGAAAAUUGGAGGCCUCUUCUCUUUCUAAACAUCUGAGUGAGGUUCGAGAAGCAUGGAUUCCACCGUGGCUCUCAGUUCAUUUUGUUCAUUUCCAGUCCUUUGUCGUGACCCAUUGGCAUAAGCAUGGAAAACCUACCUUGGAUCUGACAGUUAAAAAGGCUUUGAAAAAGAAAUCUGAACUUGAGAAGUGGGCUCAGCCUCAUGUCCAUACUGUUAAAUCAAGAUGGAUGCCAAUUGUAAAAGAACACUGCUCCACAUUUGUCAAUGAUUUCAGUCUGCAUCUGCGAUCACUCACUAAUAACGCUAUCGACUUGUAUCAUAUAUCCAAAAAGUCGAUGGAGCCUCACGUUGUAAGGUUACAAGAGGUUUCGAACCCAUACUUUCAGGAAGCUAAGAAGUUUUCGAAGCCAUAUGUUGAUCAAGUUUCGCUAUUGAUGAAGCCGCACAUGGAUAAAGCUCGUGUCUAUUUGAAGCCUUACACAAAGAAAGUAAUUCGUAGCUACAAGAGGUUCAUUAAAUUUGUGACUGCAUAUCAUCGCCAGGUCCAAGCUACCAUUCUGGACUUGCUAAAGAAUCAUGAGCACACAAGACCUCUUGCUACCAAUAAGUUGACUUGGUAUAUGGCCUCUGCUUUGAUGGCUCUGCCUGUCUUUCUUGUGCUGAAUAUGAUUGCUGAAGUCUUCAGUAAGAAACCUAAGAAGCGUGUUCCUACUUCACAUUCAAGCCAUACUCGUCGGAGGGCUAGACGGGGUCAUGCUGAAAGACGAAUUGAACAAGACAACUAAAGGCCACGUGUCUUUGAUAGUUCAAGAUCAAACUGUAGUGCACGCUCAGCUGCUCGCUAUUGCUCGGCUGAGGCAUCUUUAAUGGGUCUUCCCAGCGAAUUAGAUGCCUCAUUUGGGUAUGAGGAACAAAAGUUGGAACUGGAUUUCCUGCUUGAGAGAUCUGUGUUCAACGCUGUGAAGAUUGAUGUUUUAGAAAGUCGUCAUUCUGUCCGAUAAAUUGUAGGUUACAAAACGUGUUACACGAUUAGAAACUAUAAAAGGACAUGUUUUAAGCGAAAACUCAGAAAUUGUCUUGAGAAUUUAAUGUUUUGUAAUUGUAUUCUGCUCCAGCAGUGAAGGAGAUUCAUCAUUCACUAUCAUUCACUUUUUUGGCUAUUA